AUGGCCGGGUUGACUCUUUGCAGCUGCGGGCCCGAUUGCUCCGACGGGGAGCCCGACGACAUGGCGGAGGAAGAGGAUUUGGAUCCGCGCUGGCGCCUGCGGCGGCAGCUCUUGCGCCUCAACAGCCUCGCCUGGGCGCGCGCGGAGCAGAAGGAGACGCAGCAAGCGCUGCGCGCCUUGGGGAUACCGCAGGAGGUGGACUUGUCCUCGGUGUGCCGGGAGCUCGGCACCUUCGAAACCCAGGCGGAGGUCGAGGCUCCAGACCUCGCCGUGUGCGACGUGCUGGCUUUCUUGCAGCACGCAACGCCUGCAGAGCAGGACUUCAAAAAGCUCAACGACUCGGAGAGCCACACUGCUAUACACCGGAUCCAGGAGAGAGGGCUAAGCCUAAAGAAGUUUAAGGAGCUCUACCUCUUUCUAGAAGGCCUCAGCCGCCAGGGCAUACUGCCCUGGUAUGACCGCUCUGCACGCCUGGCCGGCAUUCCGCUGCAGGAGGCAAACUUCUAUCAGGUGAACUACUGGGUCAUCGAGCCAUUCACAGCGCGAGAGGACAUGAGUUACAUGGAGAUAGUCAGCGACGAGUCUGCGCAACGCCCGACGUGGUUCAUCUCCCACUGGUGGGGCGAGGCACUGUCAACCUUCUUGAAGUGCCUGGCCAAACACACCGACGUCCGGAGAUUAUCGCCGAGGACAUCCUACUGGACGGCGCUUUGCUCCCUGGGCCCCGGUGAGACCUGCGACACAUUUCACCCGGCCGCCAAGCUGCGCGCGCUGCUGGUGCUGGGCACGGCGGGCGCCUUUCAACGCGCCUGGUGCGUCUUGGAGAUGGGCCUCGCCACGGCGGAGGCGCGCGGAAAGGCCGGGCUGGAUGUGGUGGCGAUGAGGCAAGACGCGCGUGGGCUUGCAGUGGUGCUCACAGAUGGGCUGACAGAUGCGGAACAGGAGUGGGAGGCGAAGCACCCGGGCAUGGGCCACAUCGCCAAGACGGACCGGGAGAGCAGCUUCCCGUUGGAGGUGCUCAGCGCUGGGCUCUCAGUGGACUUCUCCCGGUGCGAGGCCUCCGGUGGAAGGAGUUUGGUGCUGGCCGCCCUCAGCAAGCUGUGCCCCGCCCAGGAACUGCCGGCGGAAGAAGUGCUGAACCAGCACUUGCGGAGCUUCUUUGCGCGCACUGCCCUGGUUCAAGUGCUGCACAGGCAGCUUCCGGUUGCCCCAUUUUUGGCCACCAUUGCCGGCAACACCUUGCAGCAGGACUUGUGGCUUCCGUGCUUGGCGCAUGUCCUUGAGGACCCCGAGGGCUUCCUGCUGGAGCUGCUGCCGUACCUCGUCUCCAUGCCGUUGCGGCGCUUGCGCCUGGACCUGGGCUGGCGCAGCCUCUACGCCAAUGGCAGCGUCUCCAAAGUCAGCAGCUGCUCGUCGCUGAGCGGCUUGGGCGAGCUCGGCGGCUUGAGGGACCUGGAGUUGCGGCUCAGCGGGAGCCGCCAGCUGCGCAGCCUCAGUGGCUUCGACUCCGCGCUGGGGCGCCUGCAGAUGUUGCAGCGCUUGGAUCUCCGCCUGGACGCCUGUGACAAGCUGCAGAGCGUGGGGGAGCUCGGGAAGUCUUUGGGGCAGCUCUCGCAGCUGAGAUCUUUGGAUUGUCAUCUCGGCGGCUGUCAGCUUUCGGACCGCGACGUGCGCGAGCUGGGCCGCGGGAUGCAGAUGUUGUUCAAGCUACAAAGGCUCUCGGUGGAUCUGUCGGGCAUCAAGCAGAUCUUCUACCUGUGGGAGCUGGGGAAGUGCAUGCGCUUCAUGCCGGAGCUGCAGCAACUGGAGAUGGACUUCUCCCUUUGCAUCAAUCUCUCGGACAUCAGCGAGCUGGGGAACAGCGUCCGCAUUUUGCUCACCGAGAUGUCCCACUUUGGCCCCGGCAAGCCGAACUCCAGCUUCGCCUUGCGCUUAGAGAAGUCGGGGGUCCGCAUCAACCGCGAGAAGGUGGCGGGGUACCGCGACCCGGACCUCUUCGUCAAGGCCUUGGGCAGCCGCGCCUUGAGCGACUUCGACCCGCGCCCGGCCGCCUCCAAGGCCAAGCUGCGGCCCGUGUGGCUCACGCACCUGCAGGAGGUCCAGGCCAAGCGGAGCUUUCUGGUGCCCAUGGGCUGCCAGGGCUUGCACCGGGGCUGCCCUCGCCUCUACUAG